AAGAUGCUGGCUCACCGCGCCGUCGAUUAAUUAAAUCAAAUCAGCUUAUAUAUAGGUGGCAGCCGAAAAAUGUAGUCUUUGAGGUCCUAAGAUGGCAGCCACCGGCGCCGGCACCACGCCGAGCACUGUUCUGACCAUGAAGCUGCUCGUGGACUCCAGGCCGCUGCGCCGGCGCGUUGUGUUCGCGGAGGCUGGCAAAGACACAGUCGACUUCCUCUUCUCCCUCCUUGCCAUGCCGGCCGGCACGGCGGUGAAGCUGCUGGGGAAGGAAUCCAUGGCCGGCUGCAUGGGGAACCUCUACGGCAGCGGCGAGAAGCUCGACGACGCCUACGUCCACCCCGACGCGGCCAACAAGGACGCGGUCCUCUGCGCCACCGUGCCGACGUCCCCUGCGGCGGCGGGGCCCAACAGCUCCCUCCUCUUCCGCCUGCCGCCGGAGCCUACACCGGUUCCGGCCCCGGCACCGAGGAGGCUCUUCGUCUGCGGCAGCAACUACAACAACUGCCGCGGCUACGUGACGGAGGUGAGAGGCACUCGCUGCCCGAACUGCUCCAACCAGAUCACCGCGGACGCCAAGCUCGUUGGGUUGCCGCCGGCGCCGCCGCCACCGGUGCCUGCCCGAGAAGCGACGAGGAGAGGGUUCGUGCAGGGCGGCGCCGUGACGUACACGGUGACGGACGACCUGGUGAUCUCGCCCAUGUCGAACGUCUCCAGCAUCGCGCUGCUCAACGCCUGUGCCGUGAGGGAUCUCGGGGCGCUCCAGGAAAGGACCGUGCAGAUCGGGGUUUGGAGAUUCUCAGAGCCUCGCUGCAGUCCAAGACUGUGCUGACUGAUGUUUUCCUUGGCAAGAAGCCGCCUUCAAUGAACAACGGCCGGAGUACCACCUUGAGCAGCGGAAGAAGACAUGAGUCUCUAACCUGGCGUGCGUGAGCAGCUACAAGUCUCGACUCUUGAUGUGGCGUGAUAAGCUUUCCUUGGGUUGCCUCGUCGUGUAAUUUGUGGGUGCACGCAGUAGUGCUGUACAUGGAUGUUUGUUAGAUCGAGCUAGUACAGCCAUGUUCUUAUAUAUAUCGAUGAUCACAAGUAUAAGUCAAACGAGUACGCUUAAGGGAAUAAUUAAUAUCAUAAACUAUUAUUGCUUGCCCA